GCCUCGCCUCCUCCCAAGCCGCGCAAGCGACGCAAGAAAGCCGAGCCCGUCGUGUACGACAUCCCGCCGAUCACCUCGUUCAAGACGACCGCGUUCGAGGGCCGGCUGGGCUACGCCUGCCUGAACACGGUGCUGCGCGCGCAAGACCCGCCCGUCUUCUGCUCGCGCACGUGCCGGCUCGCGACGCUGCAGGAAAAAGGGGUCGCGCACGCGCAAGCGCUCGGCCUGCGCAACGUGCGCGACCUCGCCGCGCUCGUCGCCUGGAACGAGGCGAACGGCAUCCGCUUCAUGCGCCUCAGCUCCGAGAUGUUUCCCUUCGCGAGCCACGCCGUGUGGGGCUACGACCUCGCGUACGCGCGCGACGACCUCGCCGCCGUCGGCGCCCUCGCGCGCCGCCUCGGCCACCGCCUCACGGCGCACCCCGGCCAGUUCACGCAGCUCGCGAGCCUGAAAGAGGCCGUCGUCGCCGCGUCGAUACGCGAGCUCGAGUACCACUGCCAGAUGAUGCGCUACAUGGGCCUCGGCCGGGACAGCGUGAUCGUGCUGCACAUGGGGGGCGUGUACGGCGACAAGGCCGCGACGAUCGCGCGCUUCCGCACGACGUACGCGACGCGGCUCACGGACGAGAUGCGCGCGCGGCUCGUGCUCGAGAACGACGAGAUGUGCUACAGCGCCGACGACCUCCUGCCCGUCUGCGACGCGCUCGCGAUCCCGCUCGUCCUCGACUACCACCACAACUACAUCAACCCGUCCGCGCUCGCGCUCCCCGACCUCGUCCGCCGCAUCAACGGCACCUGGGCGCGCAAGCGCAUCCGCGUCAAGCAGCACCUCAGCGAGCCGCGCCCCGGGCUCAGCAGCAGCAGCAGCAGCAACAGCAGCGGCCGCGCUGCUGCCGCCGCACCGCCACCGCACCCGCGCGGCGGCGGCGACCUCAUGAUCGAGGCGAAGGACAAGGAGCAGGCCGUGCUGCAGCUGUACAGGCUCUACCGCCUGUGCGACGUGCGUCCCGAGAGCCUGCGGCCGGAGCGG